UACGACGUAUCAAGAUGAUGUGCCAGCUUUUUCUAUCCUCUUCGCUCAUCGCUGUCAUGACAAUUAGUCUUGUGGCAGCACAGCUUACUAGCAGUAAUACCUACAAAACACAAUGCAAGCAGAGUAAACCUAGCGGAUAUGCCUGGGAUAGUCCAGCGAGUUUAGGUAUCUGGUAUCAGUACAUGUACGGACCAAAAAACAUUCCCUUAGUCAACCUUACCAAUCCGGUAGAAGAAAAUCGCGGAAUUGGAUGGAGACGUGAUUCGGAUCAGAUGGUGUAUGUACAGUCUUUCCACGUCACUGCUCGCCAAGACACUCCACCGUACAACUGCUGGGCGGCUUAUGGAACACAAAACACCAGUUGUAACGGAUUCUGUAUAGCAUUCGGAUAUUUUGGUGGUUUGGGCACCGGCGAAGAAGGAUCCAAUCGAAAUUUCUACAAGCUGUACCUGGAUCCGAAUUUUGUGUACAUUAGAUCUUACUGUUUCACGGCUAACGACACCCUAACCGCGGAGACUUGCGACUUGCCGGGAAUUUCUGUGUGGACAAGAAAGAUGCCGAAGGAUAUCACACCGCUAGAGGACAAGAUCAUUCGAGAUAUUGUCGAUGAUCGGCUACAGUUUUACUGUCUGGGUGCGGCUGAUAUGCUCUACAACCCGUGGGUCUACGAUCUGCCGCCGUGCGAUUUUGUUGAGCGACCCCAGGCGGCGAUGAAUGAUUUCCGAUAUGCACAGGAAAAUCUGGUCAGCAAAUGUAAGAGUGCCUCGUCCACCACGUGUUCACCGGCAUCGUUCUAUUAA